AUGAACCCGCAAUUCAUCCCCAACCAGAGCUUCAACCAACCACGGGCUUCUGGCCCUUCGCUCCUAGCCUGUCUUCUUUGUCGGCAUAAACACCUUAAAUGUGAUGGUGUCACUCCUGUCUGUAGCCGCUGUGCUGCGACGGGCUCAGAGUGCCAGUAUACUCCAUCACGCCGAGGCUACAAAGGGCCCUCGAAAAAGAGACGAACCAAUCCAUCCUCGCCCGAGAAAAGUCCUACAGAGCUUCCUGCCACAUUCGACCCGAAUACAGUUGGCAUAUACAACGCCCCCAUCGACUGGAACCUCCAAACCGGUCUCCCAUAUGUGCCAAUAGCGACUCUUCCCUCUUCAACGUCGUCGGGAAGUCCCGGUUUCGCUGAGAAGUUUAGCGCAUCACAAUCCGCUCUCGUGAACAACUCCCCUCUAACCCCGGACUCGUUAUCCUCUAUUUCCAGUGAUGGCUAUCUUAUCGAUAUCUACUACACCUUUUUCCAUCCCGCACACCCGGUCUUGCCUCCCAUUCGCCUUCUCUACCAAUCCCGCGUCCCCCGGUUUCUUGAGCAAGUGAUCAAAUUCAUCGGAGCUCACUUCACCCCAGCUGCAACCCCUGAUACCUACCGACCGACAGUAAUGGCCAAUGUUAUGGACCAGGCAGGGUCAGUAGAAAAGCUACAGGCACUGAUACUACUAGCUAUUGUUCUUCAUUCCCGAAAUGAACGACCCCAGGCCGGCGAGUGUCUCGUUGCCGCCGUUGACCUGGCCUUCGAACUGGGAGUCCAUACUAAACCCUUUGCAACAACAAUGGGCGAAGGGAAUCCGAUAAGAGAGGAGUGCCUAAGGCGUACUUGGUGGGAAUUGUUCAUCAUUGAGGGAAUGCUCACAGCACUUGGUGUCCAGUCCGCUUUCCGCACAAACAUGGUGCCGCUGGAGGUGCCGCUGCCCUGUGAGGAGCGCAUCUAUCAGGAUGGAUUAGCCCCUCCAUCUCCCCCCACGGUGGCGCAAUUCGACGAGCGGGUUUUUGCCGACGAGGAGCGAGAUUUCUCUUCUUUCGCCUACCGCAUAGAGUCGGUCCGCAUUCUUGGCCGGGUUGUCGCCAUUCAAGACAUGGUUGAAGGCCAACAGGACCAUGUAGAAGCCAUCGACGCCCGAAUUACAAGCUUUUUCCACCACCUACCAGAGUCUAAGGCGGAACUGUUGCGCCCUGAUGGAUCUGUGGAUGAGAUGAUGUUCCAUGCAACAAUGGUUGUAAACGGCGCAUCCAUCUACCUCCACUUCCCGCGCUCCGACCUACUUUCCUCCCCUGCUGUUGCCGCUGAGGUUAUCUGCGGCCACCAUGGACCAUGCUCCAUCCCCGCGUUUUCUCAUCACGCCCACGCUAUGAAGGCUGUCAAGGCAGCCAGUGAGAUUUCAACUUUAGCGUCCAUCAGAAUGCCUGUUGUGAAGCACACCCCUUUCUUCAUCUGCUCUCUAGUCCUCAGCUCCAUAGUACAACUAGCCGCCUGCUCUGUGAAAGCAGGACAGAUGCCAGACCCCAGUCGGGAUCGAUUAUCGCUCACCAUCGGAGUAUUCAAAACUCUGGCCAACACCUGGGCGAUCUCACAAUCAAUCAUGCGUCAGAUCAAGGCUGUUGCCCGUGACGUAAUGGACAUGGGCUUACGUCCUACAAUGGAUCAAAUCGACCUUUCAACAGUCCUAGACAACAACCGAUUCUGGCUCCCACAAGCACUUCCGAUAUAA